AUGACUUGUACAAUCUGUUAUGGAAAUCUUUCCCCAAGUUUCACGUUUCCAUGUGGUCAUUCGUUUUGUCUAGGGUGUAGCCGUGAUACUGUGACAACUCAACUGAGGAAUUCGAACACCAAAUUCAAGUGUCCAAGUUGUUCUCAAUUUUACACGAAAGAUCAACUCAAUUCUUUAUUUGACUCCACAAUGAACCAAAUUUAUACAAAUGUAAUAAAUGACCAAACAUUCCAUUGUUAUAAAUGUAAAGCUAUUCUAAAUGUACCGAGUUUGAAACCAGAAUAUAUCACUUGUUCAUAUUGUAAUGAAUUGACUUGUUCUGAUUGUUGGUGUCAAUAUACCACUGGACAUAUAUGUGAGUAUUACAAAAAAGAUCCAGCGUCAAGAGAUUUGUUUAAAAAGAACAUGCCUAAAUGUCCUAAAUGUGGAGCUUCUGGUGUAAAAGUAUCUGGUUGUGUUGCAUUGACUUGUCCAAAUUGCAAAACAGAAUAUUGUGAAUUGUGUUCACAAUUGGCGUGUUAUGCAACUUAUACAGCCAAACACGUUCCUGUUUGCCCCAAAAGAUUUGUCUGA